AACCGAGGAGAACUGGGAACGAGAAUGUACGAUGAUCACGUAAACCACUAGUUAUUGUGUACUAUCAGGGAUUCUAUUUCGACCUUUWUUUAACAGCUGCAGUUUGGCCUUGAUUACAUCCAGAAGAUUUGUUUAUAUUAACCAAACUUUCUGCGUAGUCAAAUGUGGGUUUAUUUUGAAGAUGGGCAAAAGGACUCUCGAUAUAUUCAAUGGUUUUUUGCUAAAAUUCACAUCGUGUUUUGCACGAUCCUCUUGUGACCUUUAGGUUUUAACUCAUGGAAUUACACAGUGGUUUAGUAAAGUCUGGAGCUUGAAUGAUGAAGAGAUAUAGUGUUGCCUUUACGAUGGAAAAACAGAAAUGCGAGAUACUUGAUGACGAUGGCGAAAAAAUGGUAUGUUAUGGCUAUUCUAUCAGCUACCUGAAGAUAUUGCUAUUUAUAUUGCUGGUCGUGUGCUCUGCUGGAUUUCUGAUAUUGGUUUGCUAUUGGCGCCCAGACUGGUAUUUAAAGCUACGCUAUUCGCGAUGCACAUUACGAGAGGCUCAGUAUGUCCUCUUAAAGACAUCCCAUCAUACCAAGGACGUAGAAGAAGUCAGAACCAAAAGGAUAGAUGGGCAGGUCAACAAGCAUCUGAAGUUGUCAUUACAAACUCACCAUGAACACAAAGUUAAUAUUCAGGCAGAGAGAAGAAACAGCGAGGAAAAGGGCCUUCUUAAUGUUACAUCACCACAUAAUUAUCCUGUGUUGAGGUAUUUUAUGCACAGACAUUUGAAGUAUGUUUGGAAUAAUUCGACUGGUACCUUUGACCUUCUGAGAGCAUUGGAUCAGAAGCUUACAAUAAAAGAUAUAUAUGACCAUGCAUCAGGACUUACCACAAAGGAAUCAAUCAAUAGGAAACAUAUAUAUGGAAACAAUAUGAUAGACGUURAAGUUAAAUCGUAUGGACGAUUAUUUUUAGAAGAGGCUCUUGAUCCCUUCUAUGUGUUCCAGUUGGCUAGUGUUAUACUUUGGAUGUGUGACGAUUACUAUUACUACGCCUCAGCCAUCAUCAUUAUAUCAUUUGGAUCCAUUUGUAUUAGUGUUCUUCAGACAAAGAAGCAUUUAAUUAAUCUAAGAAACAUGGUGGCCAAAUCAGACUUUGUAAAAGUUCUUCGUAACAAUGGAGUUUCAGAAGAUGUUUCAUCAGAAGAUUUAGUUCCCGGUGAUGUCAUAGUCAUUCCACAACAGGGCACCGUUAUGCACUGUGAUGCAGCACUUAUCAGUGGCAACUGUAUAGUCAAUGAAAGUAUGUUAACAGGUGAAAGUGUUCCUGUCACAAAGACACCGUUGCCACAGGCUAURUCGUCAAAACAUGAUGUGCCGUCAGAAGAAAAAGAUGAAUUGUAUAGUGUGGUAAAGCACAAGAGASAAACACUCUUUAAUGGUACAAAAGUUAUUCAAACUCGUUACUAUGGUAAAGCUAAAGUCCUAGCAGUUGUCAUUUGUACUGGUUUUUAYACAACAAAAGGAGGUCUCAUUCGCUCCAUUCUCAACCCUCGUCCAGUUGGCUUCAAAUUCUUUCGUGAUUCCAUGCGUUUCAUCGGGUUCAUGGCCUUCCUCGCGAUGUUUGGAUUUGGAUACAGUGUAUAUGUGUUCGUUGAACACGGGGUGUCUACAUCAGAUAUAAUCAAGAAAGCUUUAGAUGUCAUAACUAUUGCUGUACCACCAGCAUUGCCUGCAGCCAUGUCUGUAGGAACUGUGUAUGCUCUGCAAAGAUUGAAGAAACAAGAGAUAUAUUGUAUUUCACCAUCAAGGAUCAACAUGUGCGGGAAGCUCAAGCUSUUUUGUUUCGACAAGACUGGCACACUAACUGAAGAUGGUUUGGACAUCCUUGGAGUCGUUGCUGUCCAAAAAGAAAGUUUUAGUAUGAUGAUCUCCGAUGCCACUACCUUACCAAAAGAGCCCUUAUUGAUUGCCAUGGCAACAUGUCAUACAUUGACAGUUAUUGACGGCGAGUUGACCGGGGAUCCACUUGAUCUCAAAAUGUUUGAAGCGACUGACUGGGUUCUAGAAGAGCCAGGAGAAGAUGCAGAGAAGUUUGAUACAGUCAUUCCAGUCACAGUCAAACCAAAGAGCUCCGAAGAAUUCAGCAUGAAGUCUGCAAUGGAGGGACAUCCUGAAAAUUUCCAAGAAGAGCUUUCUAACUACACCGAGAGAGGCUAUCGAGUGAUUGGCCUGGCUCACAAGCAGCUGGAUAAGAAGGUYACGUGGCACCAGGCACAACGAAUCCCCAGGGAGCARGUCGAGAAGGAUUUGGCGUUCAUUGACAAUAUGCUGACAGCUGUGAGUGUCGCAAGGGAGUGUGGGAUCGUUGGUUUCGAUCAAAAAGUCAUUCGAGUCAACAACAGCCCUGAUGAAGAAAGGCAAUUGAUAUGGAACGUUGUAGGAGAAAUACGCAAAGAUUCUCCGCUGUCAGACGCCACACCACUUGAAGUAAAUCAUCGUAGUCGCAAACCCUUCCACAUCGCUACCUCAGGGAAGACAUACGCGUUCAUCAGAGAUAACAGACCAGACCUCUUAGAUAAGCUUCUCAUCUAUGGUGCAGUGUUCGCUCGAAUGUCACCUGAGCAGAAAACUCAUCUGAUAGAAGAUUUACAGUCACUAGAUUACUGURUUGGUAUGUGUGGUGAUGGAGCGAACGAUUGUGGGGCGCUCAAGGCGGCUCAUGCUGGCAUCUCGUUAUCAGAAGCAGAAGCAUCCAUAGCAUCACCGUUCACAUCUAAGAUUCCCAAUAUUGAAUGUGUACCCAAGGUUAUAAAGGAAGGACGUUGUGCCCUAGUAACCUCGUUCGCAUGUUUCAAGUACAUGGCCUUGUACAGUAUAGUACAGUUCGUAUCAGUCCUUAUUCUUUACUCGAUUGGUUCUAACUUAGGUGACUGGCAGUUUUUGUACAUUGAUCUCAUCAUCAUCACGAGCCUCGCUCUUGUCAGAUUGUAUCAUGACCUCCGAAAGUGUCGCAGGCUGUCUGAACACCUUACGACGAAAAAGACAGCCCAAAAAUCGAUACAAAAGACUUGAAAAUGAAUAUCAACAUGAUGAAACAUGGUUAUCAACAGCACAUCAAUGCAACGUACAUAGCUAGCAGAACCUAUUUAACAAGUACCUAUAAGCUAUUYCGAGGUUAGGGGGAAAACUAGGUCGAGUUGGCAUCGUAGUGCAUUUUGGGGCUACUUCUGAGCACGAGAUAGACGCCAUCUUGGAAUAGCCCUAAAAUGUACUGCCAUGCCAACUUAACUCGGUUUUUGCCUCAUGCAUGGAAUAUCUAUUGWCUCGCAAUCCAUGAGGAUGAGAGGACUGAUUGUUUUAGUCUAAUUAAACCUACUUAUUGGUCAAAUAAAUCAAAACAAUUUGAAAUGGGGUCGAAAACCCGGGUUAUCCACCUUUGCUUUGGUUUUCAAAACCGGCAUUUUUUAMUUCUUUUGGUCUAUCACUAAUAGACCACUAGUGGAUCAGCCAAUCAGAGAGCAGAAUUCGCGUUAGACCAUCAGUAGGUUUAGACCUUUGGUUCAGACUAAAGAAAGUUAGUCUAUUAAUUAUUCUAACACUUAUUUCAAUAAAGUUAGUCACCUGAAAAGCUACAAAGCUUAGACCGGCAAGGAUUAUGGGUAGAUACAUUUUACAUGUUUCAACCGCUUGAUAACUGUUSAUGAACUUGAGAUCUUYUACCAGUUACAAGUUAACCUCCUCUGAGUAUCCUCAACUGCUGCAGUUUGUGUCAAAAGCUUUACUUGUUGGAUAUUAAAUAUUUCCCAUGAUCCUCGGCGAUCACRGCUUUUUAGGUUUUUGGUGACUAAUUUUAUUGAAAUAGGUAUAUAUGAUACAGUAUUGACAGAAACUUAGGCUUUUUGUGAAUUUGAACUUGAACAGAUUUUGAUAAUGGAACCAGGUUCCUCGUUUGUUUUCCACUGAUUUCAUAAGUCGUAGUUUCCGCUUCUUCGGGUCUGGUUGUGAACUAAGACCCGUGAGCGAUAAAACAUCGACAGAGAGGGAACUGGGACCGACUUAUCAAUCAGUCUACGUUUGAUUUUGUUUGGGGAAAAAUAUAUGUUUAAGCAUCACUCGCUAUCUGAAUCCAUUCAGUCCUGUUUCCCCAUUAUUAUUCUUAGAGCUCGAGUACUUUUGGCUCUAAAGGAGGCUUUAUCAUGUAAUUCGAAAUUCAAAUGAUAGAAAAUUAAUAUUCAAACAUGGAAAGAUCAUGUUAAAAUCAAUAAAACUGACGUUUGGCAAAAUGGUCCAAAAUCGAUCAAAACCAUGGGCUAU